GAUUAAAACGCAAACAGUUUUCGGGUAUUGUUAAACUUGAAUCAUAUUAUAUGAGUCAGAAUGUAUGUUCUUGAAAUAUUAUUUUUAUUUGCCACUUUUUUCCUCGAUGAAAUUUUUGGACAUGGUAUGAUGUUAGAGCCUCCGAAUAGGAGUGCUCUAUGGAAAUAUUAUCCGGUGGACAACCAUAAAGUGGUGCCAAAUUACAAUAUGAAUCAGUUGUUUUGCGGAGGCUUCUCGCUACAAUGGGACAGGUACAAGGGCAAAUGCGGGUUAUGUGGUGAUCCCUACAACGCACCUCACCCACAAGAGAACGAGAAUACAGGACGCUAUGGAAAGUUUGGCCCUGUAAGAUCAUAUGGACCGGGCAGUGUAGUCAAUGUGAAAAUACAGUUGACUGCAAACCAUAAAGGAAAAUUCCGCUACAGCCUAUGCGUGUUACAUGAUCCUUCAAGACCAGAGAGUGGGGAAGAGUGCUUCCAACCCUUGAGACUUGCUGAUGGCAGAGCCGAUUACGAUGUUAGUGUAUCCGAACGUGUAAUCCACAAUGCAGUCAAACUUCCUGAUGGUCUGAGAUGUGACAGAUGCGUUUUGAGAUGGGAAUACACAGCAGGUAAUAACUGGGGAUAUUGUCCAGAUGGCAGUGGAAGACUUGGAUGUGGUGCUCAAGAAAGUUACAGGAACUGUGCAGAUAUAAGAAUUCAAUAAUAAUAAUAAUGUAGAUAUAUGAAUAUACAUACAUAUUUGUUUCUACUGAAUGCUACUAAUUAAUAAAAUGAUGAACAUA